AUGCUUGCACUUACCUUAUCAUACAACGUUGAAGAAUCGGAAGUUUUGAAGUCACCUACAGGGCUUUUGCGACCGUUUCUGCAGGACCUCGAGGUCAUGUCUGGAUCAGGCGCAUCAAGCGGUGCCCGGAUUGCCAUUAAAUUUGGCACACCAACCUCUGACCCUUCGAAAAGGCCCUCCAGGCCACCACCGCCCUCUGCGCUCGGCAAGCGCCCGCGACAACAUCAUGCACUCGACGGUGACUCGGAAUCCGAGGAAGAGGAGAACGAGCAUGGCCGUCACGAGAAGAUAACUGGUUUCGGCGAGAACGGCUCAGAAACAGACAACGGGCAUCGCGACGGACGUCGCAAUACAAACAAAGUUCUCAUCAUUGAGCGGCAAGAGAAUCGAGACUGGCGCUCGGAAGCCAGGGCGCGCAGGGAUGGUCGCAAUCAUCGCCGAAAACCGUCGCCGGAGAAAGGAAACGGGGCACAUAAGGAAGUGGACGUGGCCGACCAAGACAAGCUUUUACAUUGGGGUCUAACUGUGAAGAAGAAGUCGCCACCCAGAGAUGAUGUUCGGGAUCAGGUUGUCAAUGGAGCCCAGGCGCCUGUGCAAGAUGGACAACCCUCGCCCAAAUCUAACGACUAUGCCGACGACCCAACAGCCGAUCCGGAUCGCGAGGCCAUGGAUGCCCUCCUUGGCAAGUCUAGCGAAAAGCCCACAAAGGACUUGGUGAUCGAACGAAGUGGAAACGAGAACACUGAAGACAGUGUUUUCCGUCGAGAUUUCAGGGAUGCUCCAGAUGAGUCUACGCUCGACGACUACGAGGCUAUGCCUGUGGAAGAGUUUGGGGCCGCCUUGCUACGUGGUAUGGGAUGGGAUGGCAAGCCCAGGGGCCCCAAGCCCAAGGAAGUCAAACGGCGAGCGAACCAGCUCGGGCUGGGUGCAAAAGAGCUCAAGGGGAAUGAGGAUCUCGGGGCCUGGAAUCAGAAAGGCGGCAGCAAGUCUAGACCAAGGCUCAACGACUACAAACGAGAAGAAGAGAAACGGCGUGAGAGGAGGGAUGAGAGAUAUCACGACAGCUACAAACGUGAACGGGAAAGGGAGCGAGCUUCAGAACGAGACCGUUACAGGCAUCGGGAUAGACAUCAUUGA